GAAGUCCUCGGAUAUGGAUCUGAUGAGUUUUGAUGACUUGUCGUCUACCUCAGAGAAGCUCUCUCACCCGACUGCUAACAGACCAAAGAUGCCUGGCAGGAGGCUGCCUGCCCAGUUUGGUGGAGGACAGUCGCCCAACAAGGAAGUGAGUGUGGAAAAAUCCUUCAAGAUGGAUGAAGAGGAUGCAGCCAAACCAAAGCUAACAGAAACCAGAAAGCCUUCCACAAACACAGUAACCCCGUCAACAUCUCUCCAAAAGCCCGCCACGGCCAGCGCCGAGACCAAGCCGAGCCCCGCAGCAGCCCCGAGCUCAAACAGCGUCUCUCAGAGCAGCAAGGUCCGGUUGGAGCCGAGGAACCGAGUUCCCAACUAGAUGAGCUGAGGAGCCAGAUGAAGGAUCUGCUGCUGUCUGUGGAGCUGCUGAAGGCCCAGCAAAUGAAAGAGAUAGCAGAGCUACGACGAGAGCUGGAUGAGGAGAGGCUAAAGCGCGUGGCCCUGCAGAUGGACAUAGAAAAACUAAAGCGGACCGUCCACUCGACGUGAAGCUCAUGCUGCAAACAACAGCAAGCCUCAAGGUCAGCUGCUUGGCCUGUCGACCAAUCAGAGAGCAGGAGGGCGGAGACGGACGGAUAGUUGAACGGAUGGAGAGAGGGUGGGGAAUCAAAUGAACCACCUCAAGCACAAUCCUUUUUCAGUCAUCUACAAAACUAAACUCUCCCCAUAUUUGUAAGAUUUACAUUUUGCACAUAUAUUUUUUUUCAAGCUAGAUGUAAUUAAGUUACAGAUGUAUAUGUUUCUCUUUUUUUCUUUUUUUUUUUUUUUUUUUGCCAACACAAGAAAACUGAGGCCUUACUUCAAACUACUGCGCCGGACUUGUAACUCUGCCACUCAUGCUCUCUCUCCCCUUCACUCCGGCGUUCCUCGAACUCCUCGGGGAGGAGGUUCCCUCUCAUUACUACUGACUUUGUAUAAAGCAGGGGGCACUUGUUUUCCUCGCCUAAUUUUCUUUCUCAUAUUUUUUAUAAUGCACAAAUAGUUGAUUUUAAAAAGUUUGAUUUCAGUUAACUUUGGAUCCUUACUGCAAAUUAUUUCCUUUCCUUCCUUCCGGCGCCUGUCAGCAGUACUCCACUCUAUGGCUGCAGAGCUUCAGAGAGAGCCCUGCUUUUCUUUUUUCUUUGUCUUUUAUAUGUUUUCUAGCAUUCCUAUCCAGGGUAACACUACUGUGCCUGUUAGAAACAAAAUUCUAUUAAGUGUUUGUAAUGGGAGCUUAUAUUUACCACGAUGGUGUCUGGAAAAUCUGCAGCAUGAUAUUGUAUAUCUAUAUUUUUUAAGUCUACUGACAUGCUUAGUCAAAUACUAUAUAGAGGACCUCUUCUAUGCUGGUCUCUUCUAUUUUUGUCAAACUGUUUCACCCACUGGGAAUGUUCUCAGAAUUUAAGCCAGAGAGUCUGCAGAUAAUGCAGACAGCCUCCACUUGCAAAAAAGGAAAACCUGAAGAGAAGAGAAAGGAAGUUGUUGCAUUCCUCCAUCAACAAGUUUGCUAACCAACACGUUGGCACAUUUAUGAAAAAGGCAGCCCUGUUAGGAUCAUCUCUGUUAAUCUGGCCAUCAUCCCUCUAAUCCCUGCUGUGGUCCAUUCUACCUCUUUCUCCCCUUUCUCCCAUCCUUCUUUGAUUCAAAGUGAAAGGAGCCCUGACUUUCUGCUCCAUUAUGUGUUAUGCAUGAGCCUGCACAGCACUCAUCAGUCAUCCUUUCAUUAUUGUACAUGCAUCUGCCUGUCUUCAUAUCUACAUAUCAUAUCUUUACCCACAUUCCAAGUAUACAAGUUAAGCUAACUGGAAGCACACAGUGGAGCCUAGAAAUAAUAAUGAAAUAAACUCUUGUUCUCCUUAUUCUAACUCUGUUGGAGGAGCAAAAACUUAAAGCCCCUAUGUGUAGAAUUUUUGAGUGUAUAUUCCUAUCAAAUUAUUCUCUUGGUAGAUGUUUGAAACAAUGCCGCUGAAAAUUGGCAAAUAUAUUGAUUGGAUGAACAUUGGUACUGACAUUCAUGGUCCCCAAAGGAAGAAUUUGAUCCACUGAGUUUUCAUGUUACACUACCAACAGGUCAAAGUUUUGAAUUAUCCAGUGAAAUAUCUCAAUAUUUAGCAGGUGCACUGGGCCAAAGUUUGGUACAGACAUUUAUCAUCAUGUGUGAUGUAUUUGGUCCAUGUACAUAACAGCCAGUUGAUUUUCGUUUUGGAUUGGGAAAACACUGAUGAGCGUUGAACAGAUGACAAGCCUUUUCACAUUUUUUGUUUUAGAAUAAGGACCAGACCUGAAAAAUUAGCCAUUUUCUAAUUUUCAUUUUGGAACAAUGAAAUUGGAAAGAAAGAAUGACUAAUUUUAUGUUAACACAGGGAAAAUGUCGACACACAUUUAAUUUAUUUCUUAUGUUUUGGCCCUUAAAAGUCACCCAAUGAACAUUAGCAGAGGAUCUCUGUAAACCAGCACAGUCCUUUUCUGUUCUGCCCAGCUAAGCUAGCCUUAGCUAGCUAUUUUUGCCCACCUCUGGUGAAAACAGAAGAGCAAGAAACAGCCUGCUAUGAGCCCAGAUUUUCAGUCAGUCCUCCUUCUUUUUGCUGCCCAAAAUGGCGAAAAUAGCUACCUCAUCUGUUUUCACCUUAGCGAGGCAAAGAUAGCUAGCUAAAGCCAGUUAUAUGCACCCUAGCUGGGCAGCACAAAAAAGUACUGUGAGAGAUCCUGUGCUAUCGUUCAUUGGGUGACUUCCGGGCAAAAUAAAAACACUUUAAUGCAGAACGAUGGGAAAACAGCUUGUUUUUUGUUUACAGUGUUUUUUUGCAAAAUGAACAACAGGAAAGUGUUGUCAUCUGUUUGCAGUUUUCCCACUCCAAAAUGAAAAUCAGUUGGAUAUGUCCUGAUUCCUUAUCAAGCACUAAGCACCACCAUCAAGUCCAAAUUUUAGAGUAGCAUUAACACUGUGUGUUUCACAGUGUUUCACUGCUUUUUCCGGGUGAUGGUCACCUGUGACACUGAUACUGGGUAACCACACCUCACAGUGAUGUCACGGUGUACUCACACACCCUAGAGUACACCUCUACAUGAUUUAACAAAUUAAAUGAAUCUGACCAAGAUAUGCUCUGAGGUGAACAUUUUACAGUUAAAAAAAAUGAACUUGUUAGUGCGGUCUUUGGUCACACUUACCUAAACAUAUUUUUGGAGGAUGUUAACAUUUAGAUCAUAAGUAUAGUCUCACACAGCUGCUAGAAUGACUGAGUCUUUGUCUUGUUUCAUUCUACUGCUGAGUCACACAUAGAGGCUUUGAGAUGUAGCUCAUUAACAGAAUAUAAGAUGCUUACUGUCCAUUUUCUCUCAGUACAGAACUACUGCUACACCUCAGCACACUAAUCGUUGUUGUAAUACUGGUAUAUCUGAAUUCUUACCACUGCUAGCAGGGGUCAGGGCUGCAGAGAUGAAGAGCACAGUGCCAGUCAAACUAAUGUAAUGUAGGAUGUGAAUUUCCCUCAGUAAUGUCUAACUUUUAUCUCUGAGCUCUGAGUGUACAGUGUGUAGCUCUGUGCUGAUAACUAGCUUAUCUCAGCGUUGAGAUGCUUGAGAAACUGAACAGUAAGUUACAAGUAUAACCCUCUCUGGCCUCUGUACCGGUCAGAGGGAUAUUUUAGCCCUAUUGGUCACAAUAUUAACAACAGAUUUCAUUUCCAGUUCCUAUUUUUUCAUUGUUGCUGUUGUUUUUUUGUUUUUUGUUUUUUUUAAAUCAUCCUCAGGCUGAUUCCAUGUGUCUGAUGUGUGGGCAUGUGCAACAGUGUCCAUGAUGCUAAAAUCUGGACUCCAGAGUGCUUUGACCAAGUGGAUGCCGUAUAUCUGACCUUAAUGAGCAUGGCGCUCAUGAAGUAUGUCGAUGCCUGACGUAAAACAAACUUCCUUUUAGCACACAACUCCUUAAAAGUAUGGCUGGGCAAUGAAAUAAUUACAAUGUGGGAAAGAGCGAGGAUGGGUGGGUGGAUGGAUGGGGGUUUAGGUGACAGCUCUUUGUGUAAUAUCUGUAAUGCGGCUUAACUUCCACAUAUUGUACAUUCCAGUUUGACACCAAGAAAAAAAAAUCUGUGCACAUUUAUAACAUAUUUUCAAGUGAUUUUGUUUACAAGAGCUGUAUCCUUGCAUGAGCUGAGAUUCUUUUCAAAAAUGAAUAAAUAUCAUCUUUAUUUACUGUCACAGACUCAA